GUCUCUAUAUAUUGACAUAUCCCGCCACCAUCAUCUAUAUACCAUCACAAGUGCACAACUACCAAACUAAAUAUUCCAUACACACUUUUCUUGUUAGUACCAAACCAGAGAGUAAUCCCCUCCUCUCCACCAAUAUAAGGCACAAAAAUGGUAGAGAUCAUAACAUCAACUCCAACAUCAACACCAGCAAGUACAUUCAAAUGGGCAAAAGAUGGAGGGUCAACCGAAACAAUCCAACCAACCUACAUCCUAUCCGAAGAGAAGAGGCCACAACUCUCGGAAGUUGCGCCAGGUUCGAUUCCUUUGAUCGACCUUUCGGAGCCAGAAGAGAUAAUAAGGGAGAAAGUGGUGAAAGCUUCUGAAGAAUAUGGUAUAUUUUACUUGGUGAAUCAUGGAGUUGAUCCCGAGCUAUGCAAUGAGACGUUGAAAGCCAUUGUUGAAUUCUUUCAAUUGCCUCUUGAGCAAGGAAGAGGUCUACUCCACAGCACAGAUCACAAAAAAGAUGUCAAGAUAUAUAACUAUCAUGAACCUGAUGGUGAUAAGCGUGUUCCUGGUUGGAGUGAGGCCUUGACUCACCUCUGGCAUCCCUCAGAUGAUUCUUUCCUUGAUGCUCUCCCUGCUAAUAUUCCUCCCCAAUAUCGUGAAUUGAUACGCACAUAUGCAAAGGAAGUUGGAGUGUUAUUUGCCAAAUUGUUUGGGUGGCUAUCUGAAGGAUUAGGACUAGAAAAGGAAGCAUUAGAGAAGAAUAUGGGAGAAAAGCUCAAAUUCUACAAGAUGCAAGCAAAUUUCUACCCACCAUGCCCAAACCCAGAACUUACCUUAGGAUUGCCUGUUCACAAUGACAUGGCUGCCCUCACCAUCAUCCGUCAAACUGAAGAAGUGACUGGCCUUAACAUUAUUAAAGAUGGCAAAUGGAUGGCCGUUGAGCCUAUUCCUAAUGCCUUCGUCUGCAAUAUCGGAGAUACUGUCGAGAUAUUGAGCAAUGGAAAGUAUAAGAGUGUGCGCCAUAGAGCAUUAACUAAUAAAGAAAAUAUAAGAGUGUCAUUAGCGUCGUUUGUGGCACCAAACAAAGAAACUAUUGUUGGACCGAUGAAAGAGAUAGUUGAUGAGCAGCACCCUCCUCGUUACGAGACCUUUCUCUAUGCUGAUUUCCAUGAAAAAUAUGUCAGACCAUGGUUACAUCCUGGCAAGUAGAUGAAGAUAGGAAUCAUCACGUUGGUCAAUUUGCUUUCCGACUUAUAUCACUUGGCAGAUUGAUGAUUGGAUCCUAGAUGUUGGAACUGUUUUAUUCAAAAUAGUAUUGAAGUAUAUGUUUUCGCUCGUACGUGUUUUGCUGUCUUAAGAAAUAAUUUGAUGGACUUGUGCAUUACAUGUCCUCUAAGCUAGUGCGCCUUUUAUUGUAUUCUCUAAAUAAAUGCAUGUUUGGUUAGGUUGCUUUUUUAAAUGCGAAAGAGGGGAGAGACCCCUAUUUGGUUAGGUUGUAGACCAAUUGUUUUUUAUGUUUAUGAGAACUUGUUUUUUCUCGCA